AUGGGCCUGAAGACCAUUGUGGGUGCCCUAAUCCAGUCAGUGAAGAAGCUGUCAGAUGUGAUGAUUCUGACAGUGUUCUGCCUGAGUGUCUUUGCCUUGAUUGGACUGCAGCUGUUCAUGGGCAACCUGCGAAAUAAGUGUGUUGUGUGGCCCAUAAACUUCAACGAGAGCUAUCUGGAAAAUGGCACCAAAGGCUUUGAUUGGGAAGAAUAUAUCAACAAUAAAACAAAUUUUUACACAGUUCCUGGCAUGCUGGAACCUUUACUCUGUGGGAACAGUUCUGAUGCUGGGCAAUGCCCAGAGGGAUACCAGUGUAUGAAAGCAGGAAGGAACCCCAAUUAUGGUUACACAAGCUUUGACACUUUCAGCUGGGCCUUCUUGGCAUUAUUUCGCCUUAUGACCCAGGACUACUGGGAAAACUUGUAUCAGUUGUAUUCGACUCCCUUUGUUAAAGCUGAUGAGACAGAACUGCUGUAA